UACAUGCAAUAUAAGAUAAACAAUUUUUAAUUAAAGUAAACGCGAAUGUAAACAUGCAUUUACAAGAGGCUCACAAGAAUAACGAAAAUGUUGCUGUACCAGAAAACCGGCAUCAAAAAAAUCUGCAACAACGAGAACAUCAACUGUAUCGGCAAAAGCGUCAAAAACAAGCCGCAGCGUAUAAGGAAGAGUCACCCCACUUAGGGAGCAGUGCGAAUGCCAAGUGCUACAGUCAAAACUUACUUCGAGUGCAACCUCCACCCCCAUCAGGACCGCCACCAGGCAUUACAGCAGCUGCCUUUCCAAACCUCUUUCUACGAAAAUUGCAUACUAUUGUGGGUGCGGAUGGGCCCCACAAAGAUUCGGCCGAUAAUCCCAAAAUCUAUCAAAAUCUACAACCAAGUAUACAUGCGCUGCAGAGAUCGGCGACACUACCUGCGAAAUACAAUCGUUUAAGAGUCCGCAGCCGUGUGACUUUCCAAGCUCAAUCACCACAAACCAAUUUACCAGUUAUUGUCGCAUUAGAUAAGAGUGAUAACGUAAAUACUAGUUGUAGCCAAAAAGCGGUAGUGCCAACGGCUGUGGCAACGGCAACCCCAGCAAAGGAAACAAUAAAGAUGACGUCUGAAGACCUACUACAGCCCGGACACGUGGUAAAGGAGCGCUGGAAGGUUGUUCGUAAGAUUGGAGGUGGUGGUUUUGGAGAAAUCUACGAAGGCCAGGACCUGAUUACCCGCGAACAGGUUGCGCUUAAGGUUGAAUCCGCCCGACAGCCGAAACAGGUUCUGAAAAUGGAAGUGGCUGUCCUUAAGAAACUACAAGGCAAGGAGCAUGUCUGCCGAUUUAUUGGAUGCGGUAGAAACGAUCGAUUUAACUAUGUGGUAAUGCAGCUGCAAGGUAAAAAUCUUGCCGAGCUCAGACGUGCCCAGCCCCGUGGCGCAUUUUCACUCAGCACUACACUAAGGUUGGGCUUACAAAUACUCAAGGCAAUAGAGUCUAUUCACUCCGUAGGGUUUCUGCACCGUGAUAUAAAGCCGAGCAAUUUCUCAGUGGGCCGAUUACCCUAUAACUGUCGCAGGGUCUAUAUGCUGGACUUUGGAUUGGCGCGACAAUACACCACGGGCACUGGGGAGGUUCGUUGCCCCCGUGCUGCGGCUGGAUUUCGGGGUACUGUUCGGUAUGCAUCCAUAAAUGCACAUCGCAAUCGAGAAAUGGGCCGUCAUGACGACUUGUGGUCCCUGUUCUACAUGCUUGUUGAAUUCGUGAAUGGUCAAUUGCCAUGGCGAAAAAUAAAAGACAAAGAGCAAGUCGGUUUAACCAAAGAGAAAUAUGAUCAUAGAAUAUUGCUGAAGCAUUUACCAUCGGAUUUGAAGCAGUUCUUGGAGCACAUCCAGUCCCUUACCUACGCAGACCGGCCGGACUACGCGAUGCUUAUCGGACUCUUUGAGCGCUGCAUGAAGCGUCGGGGCGUAAAGGAGUCCGACCCGUACGACUGGGAGAAGGUAGAAACGGCUACUCUUGGCAAUCUCAAUUCGGCAACAAAUCCGCCAGCUCCAACCAAGAAUGAAUACAUGCACGGUAAUAUUACCCAAAUGACUGUAGCAGCUUCCAAUGCCAGCGGAACAGAAUACAUUCGCAAACGCAACGAUGUUGACACAGCGCAGCUGGCCUCAACCGAACCCCUUCACAUAAAAGAAAAGGUCGAUAAGAAUUGCAACGCUACAACAACACCACAAGCGCCAACUGAUUGUGGCGUGCAGAAUUUGAAUUCGGGCAACCAAAACACCGUGUCUAAAGCACUGAAUCAACAGCAACCACAUCAGAACAAGCUAGUAAUGGGCGCACACACAGCAGGAACGAUUCCAAAUAUCCCAAGUGCACUGAUCAAGUCUUCGAAUAUUACCGUCACUUCCGGAGGAGUAGUAAACUCACAUCUUAAAUCAGUCAGCAAACGUGGCCAGACUACGGCUGGAUCCAGCUCUUUAGUAACUCCCAAUCAAAACAACUCGGCGCCAAUUUCAUACCCACGCUCAGAAGAAAAACUGAUAACAUCAUUACCAAUGCCAAUCCCGCUCCCCUUGUUGUCAAAGAUGCAAUCUGUCGAUGGGCAGAAGUUCACUGUAGACGCCGCCAUCUUAACUCCUGAUAGUGAUCUUAAGCACAAGAACGACGUACAUACGAAUGUGGUUGGGGUGGUCGGUGGUGCAUCGAGCAGAUCCUUGUGCUGGGAGCAACCAACAAAAAGGACCAACAAAAUUGAAAAGGGUGAAAUUAUUGCGAGCGAAAACUCAAAGCAACUCCCGGUGCAUAUGGACGGUAAAGACUCCGUCGAAAACAGACGCUCCUUAAGCAGUGUUACUUUGGAUGACCAGAAGUCGGCGUAUGGACGAUUACGCGUUAUAGCCCCUCCGAUUCAAGAUCUCUCCUUAUCGCAGGGUCAGGAGAAUAAGUCUUUGGUCGAUAUGACUACUAAUAAUGACGGCUCAACUGACAAAGCUCUAAUCAGCCAACGAGAACAGGUGCUCGGUACAACGUCCACAAAGCCACCUGCCAAUCGAAGAUCCGUCACACUUACCAACCUACGGCCUUUAUCGUCAGGAAGCGGAACAAGCGCAACACCAAUUCAACGCUUUAGUACUGGAGCAGCAGGAAGUGUAUUGUGUACAAGUGCGACUAAAAGCAGCGCUUUCGGCGAUCAUUCUGUCACACAAUUCGCUCUGAUCGACGAUGAGAACGUUUCAGCACUGCAACAGGUAACAAAGGGCGGAGGUGCUCUCACUCUAGCGUCCCAAUGGAAGAGCCAAUUCGACGACUCUGAAGAUACAACUGACAACGAAUGGAAGCAAGAGCCACAGUCCCAGCCAAAUUUCGAUCAGUUGACCAAAGCGGAUGUCCUAUUGGCACUGCCCCUGUCAAUGCGCGGAAAGAACCUGGACAAUAAAGCCAAUACACACGCCUUUAAAAUAGGAAACAAGGCUAAACGAUACACGCUCAAUAUAGCUGGCAUAGAGAACUACGAGACAUUGCAGCUAUCCAUACCGCACAGUUGGUCAGAUCCUGCAAUGGGUAAUGUAUUGCGAAGAGAGCUACAGGCACCAGCAGUGCAGCAAGCCGCAUUCGAUGAUACCGUCUAUCGCAUGGAUAUCACAAGAAACGUUUGUAUACGCGAGUCCUAUUCAGAAAUAGCACCCGUGUCCAACAUAAAAGCGGUAUCCUCAGCAGCAAAUACGUCACUUAAGAAUCCUCCAGUAGAUGCCUACUCAGCCAUUUCAAACGAAAGCCAGCGCUUGUGCAGCAAACUUCGCAGUAGUUUGCCCAACGUGAGCCUGGUUGACAUGUUUGACGAACAGCCAGAGGCACAUGCACAGCCGAAGGAGCCCAUUGAUACAGUCGCCUGGUGUGUGAAGACAACUUUUAGUCAGAUAAGCAAAUGGCCUCUACAGCUAGGUAUUCAUCCAACGGCAACUUCGCACGAACCUUGUGAACAUGAAAGUGUUAGUGUUCAUAAUCUUAAUCAAAAUUCAGGCCCAUACCCAGAAGUUCAGGGCACCGAUGGCUGCGUAAGCGGGAGAUUAGAAAUUCGAGUCAUUCCGAAAGAGAACGUUCAUAAAGAUGAAUCUGUUUACUACGAUGCCUUAGCAGCCUCGAUAAGGCCUUCAAGCACCGUAUUCAAUACUAAUGGAUUACUUGAAAGUGAAACAGCGCUCGUGCCAACAAAUUGUGAUGAUAUUGCAGAAAUUGAAAAGAUUUCUUUCGCAGCAUAUGAAAAAACGCAAACACCUGUUAAUUACAGCAUAGAAGGCAAUGAUGUCGGCUGCUGUAGCAAUCAUUCUUGUGAUGCUACUAGAUUGAACUUUAAUGGAAAUACUGGAAGCCUUAUUAAGUCUAGCGAAUCCAAUGAUAAAACUAAUAGUUUCAAUUUCCACAAUCAAGCUUCACCAGCACCAACAGAUGGAGAGGCAAGAAGUAAAGGCGGAGAAGAUGGCAAUGAAGAACAACUAUCUAUGCCUAGUAAGAUACCAGUACUUUCAUCUAACUCACGUCAAUCAAAAUGCGCUUCAUGGGCCGGUGCUGAGACCAAAAUUACAUCUGGAACAAUGGAGGUUCACGUACAACAGAAAACAAAAUCUCCUAAACCUAAUCAAACUCAAUUGUACUCUAGUGAUCCACAAAAUAUCACGGAAUUAACUCCAGGGUUGCGCCGCCGUCGUGAAUCCUCUGAAGGAAAGUACGUCUCAGAUCCUACGCAAUUAAAUUUAAGAUUUCAACGACCACGUGCUCGAGCGUCAAAUAGUGGGAUUCGUGGCGUUCCAACAACAAUGCUGGGAAAUUUUGAUGAUAACUCAACUGAUGUAAGCGAGGAUCAAGAUAAUAAAAACAAAAAGGGAACGCAGAGUAGGGGGUACCCGACUGGAGUUGGUGCUAAAGUGUGUAUAGACGAAAACGACUCUUGCGAUAUAGAAGCCCCCUCUGCUAUUGUUUUAAAGCAUAACGAAGGACCGACAUCAAGCAAUUUAGCAUGGAAUCAGAGUGCAAGAGAUCCAGAGACACGAAAUGAUAUUUCUCCCCCUCCUGGUGAUCCAAAAACGGAAAAUAGUGCACGACUGCGGCGCUACAGGCCUAACUUAGAGUAAUUUAUCACAAACAAUUAUCCCACGUCGUGCCCUAGGAGAUUAAAUGAGUACUAACACUGACACUGAUAUUAAUAAUGUUAUCAAUGCUGAUGUUAUUGAUCUUAUUUCGAUUUGAUCCUACAGACAUAAAUACUACAAAUAAUUACUAUACCGCAAGAAAUCGCAAAUAAAGGCUAGCAUUGGGCUUGGAGCAUUUUUCAUACAUUCACAGACUUAAAAUUAUGUUUAAAUUCAGUGAGGCAGACAAUAUCGGUGGACCCAUUGAGUAUUACGUAGCAUUACAAUUUAAUCAGUUAUAAAUUGAAUGCAAACAGAACAAAAUGAAAAGCAUUGCUAGAACCUUAUUGUUA